AUGGGUUGUUCUAUCUGUAAAAAAAAUGAAGCAUAAUAAUAAACCUGGAGUUUAUAAUAUUCCCAAUAGGAUUAAUCAAUAUAAUAAAGAAAAAACUCAAAAUAAUUAUAAUCCAAAAAAAUAACCUAAAUUGAAGAUAAAAAUGAAUAAUAGGAUAUUAAUGAAAAUUAACACUAAUCAUAAGAAUGUCUGGCAACAAAAGAAGAAUAAAAUAAAUAAACAGAACUAAAUAGAAUUCAUUUUUAGUAAUAAAUAAAAAUAUAAUCAGAGUAAUAAGUAUAAAAGAGUUAUCCAUUGUAAUUUAAAGAACAAGAAAAAAAUUAAAACAAUUAAAUAUAAUAAUAAGACAGAAUUUAAAAAUAAAAAUAAGAUAUGAUUUAAAAUAAAUAAUAAGAAAAAAUCAUCUAACAUAUAUAUAUAAAUCAAAAAUAAGGGGAUGAAAAAAAUAGUUAAUUAAAAUAAGAAUAAAAAGAAUAAUUAGAAAUUCAUCCUUCGUAGGAGUAAAAUUUUGAUGAAUAAUAAAUAGAUUAAAAAGGAUUAGAUUAAUUAGAAGAAUAUAUGAAUUUUGUUUAUCCUUUUGAUAAAGAUAAAUUGUCAAUUUUCAUUACUCUAGGAAGGUAAAGAUAAAGAAAAAUUACUAAAUCUAUUUUAAAGAAUUAAAAUUUUGUCAAUUAAAUUUAAGACUUAAUUUUUGAUAAAUUGUUAACACUUACUAAAAUAUAAGUAUAUAUUGUAAAUAAUGUAGGAUCUAUGUUAAGAACACAAUAUUGAACUUAUGAAGGCUUUGUUUUUAUAUACUAAUAAUUAAGAAAUUAUUUUACAAUUAAUAUUAGAAUAUUUAGAUGAUUAUUCUAUCAUUGAAUACGUUAUAAUAAAUAAAUAAUUUCCAAAAAAUUAAUAGUUAAUCAUUAUUGCCUAGUAUUUGUUAAAAAAACUUAGACCUUCAGUUAGAAUGAAUCACGUUUAAAUGAGCUUAAAAUUUUUAGAAGUAGUUAAAAACACAUAAUAAUUUUAAAUUUUAAUUGAUACUUUAAAAAUUAAGACUGAUAUCAAUUCUUAAAAUCAAAUAUCUUAAGUUUAAAAUCUUAUUUCAUAUUUUAAUUAAAGUAAACCAGAUCAUAUUAAGCUUAUUGGAAAAAUAGCAAAAUUGUGUGGUGAAGUAAUUGAUAAAGAUUUAUUUAAUAUGUAUUAAAUAUGGAAAAAAAAUUGUAUUUUUCAUACUUUGAAAAUUCCUAAAAGUUAUUCUAAAGAUCCAGGUACUGAUUUUAAGAUUGAACUUGAAACAUUAAAUUAUAAUUUAUUUCAUGAGAUAGCAAUUAGAAAAAAUUGGUAAUAAUUUAUUUAAUAUUCAAAUCCAUAUUAUCAUUAGAAAAGUGUCGAUAACAGAACACCAUUUUUAAUAUUCCUUCAAAAGGCUCCAAUUUAAAUAAUUGUUGAUUAUAUAAAUAAAUAUCCAAAUGAACUUGAAUAGAAUAUAGAAAUAAUAACAAAUUAAGGUUUCACUUUAAUUCAUAGUUUAUGCAAAAACAAUAAUUUAGAAAAAGAUAAUUUAGAUAUAAUUAAUCAAUUAAUAUCAAUAUUAAAUAAAAAAGAACAAACUAUUUUUCUAUUAAAUGUUGCCUACUAAGAUCAAAUACCUCUUGUUUAUUAUUUGGAUAAUUAAAAAAAUUAUAAAACAAAAAUGAUUGAAUUCUUAAGUAGUUCUUUAAUUAAAUAAUUUAAUUUUGAAAAGUUAGAAAUUGAAGCAUAUUUAAUAGCUGAUUAAAUUCUAAAUCAAUAAAUUUCUAUAAAAAAAGCAUAACCUUACUUUAAAUAAUUAUCAAAAAGGCAAUAAAAUCUUGUAAAAUAUUAAUGGAUUGAAAAGAAAGAUGAAUUAAAAAAUUAAUCAGAAUAUUUAGAAUUCACUUAAUUUUAUUAACAUUAUAUUUAAUUAUCUAAAUAAAUCAUAAAAAAUAAUCUAUUCGAUUAAUUUCUUUGGAUAAAUAAUUAUACAAUAUAUUCCUGCCAUAUCCCUUUUGAUAUAGGUAACAUUAGAUCAUCACUUUUAUAUACACUUUUAGCUUAUUAAAGAUAUGAACAAUUUAAUAGUUAAAUAUAGAUAUUAUGUAAAAAAAUUUAAACUUUUAAAUAUGAUGAAAAAUAAAACUUACUAGAAUAUUAGAAUAUAGUUCAAUAAAUAUCAAGAUUACUUUUUAUCUACUAAGAAUUAUAUAAUUAUCCUGAGUUAUAAUAAUCUCAAAUAUUGAUAAUCAAUACUAUUUCAAAUAUAAUUAAAGAAAAUUCUAAAAUUAUAUUAAAUAAAGUUUAUGGCUUAUUUAAAAAUGAAAUUUUAGCAGAGAAUUUAUAUCUUUAAUAUUUAAUGAAGAUAACAAUGUCUUCCUAAGAAUAUAUAAAAUUUUUAAAAGUGCUGUUUUCUUAUUUACAAACUGAUCAAUAUGAAAUUUCAAUUAGGACUUAUUUUAAAUCAUAUGGAAAAUAUAAAACUAGUAUAAGACUCUUAAAUCAGUAAAUAUUUGUGAAAGAUGAAUUAAUAAUAAAAUUAAAAAAAAUAAAUAAAGAAUUUGGCCCAUAAAAAAAAAAUUAUUUAGAUUAAGAGGAUAUAUUAAAUCUCUUAAAACAAUCCUUAACUUGUGACAUAAAAUCAGAAGUUUUUUUAGUUGGAAAUGAAAUUAUUUUAAGGUCAAACUCUAUUUUAUUUUAAAUAAUGGAAAAAAGCUUUAAACUUUAAACUAUUUUUCAUUCUGAAUUUUUUAAUAUUAAAUCUUUAUGGUUGCUAUUAAGAUAUAGAAAUUAUGAUAAAAAAUAACUUAGCUAAUACAUUAAAAGCCAAGUUAAUUAAAUUGUAAAAAUUAAAAAAGUUUAGACUCAACAUAUUUAAGUGAACUAUUUGAUUGGUAAUUAUGUGGUAUGUAGUGUAAAUUUAUAUUAUAGUUUUUUGAUAAGAAAAAGAAAUAUUCCCUAAAAGAAUAAAUAAUCUUAAAAUAAAUAAAAUAUAAUUAUGAAUUUGCAAUAUGUUUGAUUCUUUAUGAUGAUUUUCACUCUGAUAUGAAAAUGUAUUUUAAAUAAUUUCCCGAUAAAUUAAAAUACAUUUCUCACAACAAUUUUCCUCUAAGUUAAAUAAUAUCGAAUAAAGCAAUUAAGAAUUUAUAGUUUAUAAUUUAAGAAUUAAAACUUAGUAAGCUUGAAUUAAUUUCAAUAUUAACUACAUAAUUUUUUUGCUUGAAUAAUUUUAUUGUAUUAGAGAAUUAGUUUCAAAAAGGAAUCAUUAAUUUUAAUGAGUAGAUGAGAUUCUUAUUAUAAAUAAUUUAAAAUAAUGAUUAUGAAAGAAAAAAUCUAAUGUCCCCUUUCUAUAUAUAAUAUUUUGAAAAAGAAACUAUAUGCUAAAUAGAGGAAAUUUUAUUGUCUGAAUAUUUUGAUAAUGAAAGACUUAAUAUUUUUUUGAGUUUGUCAUAGAAUAAAUUUAAAUAUAAUAAUAAAUGGACAGAUGAGAUAUCAAUCAUAUUAUUGGAUAUUUGUUUUAAAAAUAAGACAUAAAUUGAAAAAGAAUAAUUAGAUUAUCUUCUAUACUUAUAAGCUUUUCCUAUAAUAGACAGAUGGAUAGUUUUAAAUUUGGCAUCAAUUUAUAUUAAAUUUAAUGAAUAAUAAAAAAAAUUUUAUUUAAUGAAAUUUUUUAAUUAUGCCAUUAAUUAUCCUGAUGAAUGCUGGUAGCUUAAAUUAAAGCUAGAUUUUACUUAUCAUUAUUAUAUUUCUUUGUUUUUGUAUGCUAUAAAUUCAAAAGAUUUAGGUAAUUAAACUAGAUUACUAUGGUUUCAUAAUUUAACAAUUUAAUUUGGUAUUAAGCAUGGUGUUCUUGCUGUUGAUUAAUUAAAAUGUAGAGAUGGUUUUUUUUUAGAUUCAUAAGAAAUAUUGGAAAACGGGAAUAAAAAACAUAAAAUAAUAUAAUCAAUAUAGUUUUUAAAUUCAUAGAAAUUUAUUAAAUUUAGUAAAAUUCAUUAUGGAAAUUUUUGGCUAGCUUUAGAUAUCAAAUAAUUAAAAAAUUUUAUAGAUGAAGUAAAUCUUACAGAAGAAGAUUAUUUAAUAUUUAUUAAAAUUUUCAUAAUAAAUGGUUUAAUUGAUAAAUUAAAACUUGUAUUUCAUAAGAUUUAAAUUAAAAACCUAUUACCUAAAAUAAUAGGUCUUUUAAUUUUAAUAAAAUAAUAUUUUUUAAAUUCAAUUUUUGAACAAAAAAUUUUUGAAACAGAAAUUAUCGAAGAUUAAAAUGAGAAUAACAAUUAAAAAAUAAAUUAUUUAAAAUUUAACAUUGCAUACUUGUUUUAUGUAAAUUAAAAAAUAGAUUAUCUAUAAACUUUCGCAUUUAUCAGGACAUAGAUAUAAAAGUUAAAACUUGAUAUUGUUCUGUCUUAAUCUGAUUAUAAUGAGAAUAAAUUAUUAGAUUUAUUAAUUUUUCCAAAUACUCCUAACAUUUAACUAAACUCUAAACUAGUAAAUAUCAUCAUAAAUAUUUUUAUCAAUAGAAAAUCUAAUUAUAAAUCAAAAAAUUCUAUAUUCAAUUCAGAACAAUUUGUUAAGGAUCGAAUGGAUGAUUAUAUAAGAAUAAUAAAAAUAAAUGUUUUAAACCAUGAAUUUGUUUUUCAAGGAUUAAAAUACAUUACCGAAUUUUAAAAAGAGUUUUUUGAAAAAAUUUUUGUUUAUAUCAGUGAAUUAGAUUAAAAAGAUAGUUCAAAAAUAAAAGUGAACUAUGAAGAGUUAGCAAAUUUAAUUAUUAGAAGUGAGAUAAAAAAUGAAAAAUUGAAUAACAUUUUAGAAAAAGGAUUAAAUUGCAUUAAUCAUGUUAGUUAUACAAUUAAAUUUUACUUAUUCAAAGGGGCUAAUUUAAGAUAGUAAAUUUUAAAAGGUGUUAAUCAUAAUGUUUAUUAUGGAAAAUUUGAAUUUCUUGAAUAAUGGCUAUCUGUUUCAUAAUAAUCAUUAAAUCUAAUCAAUUAUACAGAUUUAUUCUUCCUAAAAGGUCUUUAAGAAUUAAUAACUAAAAAAAUUUAAUUUGAUUAAAAAUAUUUAAUAUCAUCAUUAUUAUAUUGUAAUCUUGAUACCAUAAAUUUUGUUAUGAAAUAACAUGAAAAUCCAGUAAGAUUAGGGUUUGAGUAAAAUUUAUUUUAGAUUCUAGUAAUAUAUUCAAAUGAAAAAGACAUAAUCACAUAUUAUAAUUAAUAUGUUUACAAGAAAAUUAAUGAUAACAGAAGAUUAUUUUAAAUCAAUAAUAUUUCUAUACUUUACUAUAUUGUAUAAAAAGGAUAUUAAAAAGUAUUUUUCGAAGUUUACCUCAAAUAAUUACAAGAUACUUUGAAUGAAAAUGAAAUAAAUAAUUUUAUAUCCUAAUAAUUAUUACAGAAUUGUCCUUAAAGUUCAAAAAAAAUUUAUUAAUAGGCUUUAGAAUUAAAUUGCUUCUUUUUGCUUGAAUACAUGAAAAAAAUUAUAAUUUAGAAUGAUAUAGAAGUAUUCAUUAAUUAAUAAGAUGUUGAAUUUGAAAAGAAAAUAAAAAACUACACUGUUUAAACUUAAUUUAUUUUGAAAUUCAUCUAAAUUUAUGAAGAUAUAAAUAUAUUCCAAUAAAAUAAAAAAGGACUUUAAAAGAUUUAAUAUUAAGAUGAAUGUAUUAUAUUUUUUGCCUCAAAGUAUUUUACUUUUAUUCAAUAAUUAAAAACUGUAUUAUAUUUAAUCUUUGAAAUGAAGAAGGAUCUCUAUAAUUUUAUAAAUAAUAACUUUGUUUUUUUUUUUAUUUUUAAUAAUAAUUCACUUGAAGAAUAUAAUACAAAAUGCUUACAUCCUGUUAUAUUAUCAUUUCCCUUAAAAUUUGCAUUUGAUAAAAAAUACUAAAUAAAUAAUUAACAAAUGAAAGAUAUUAUUAUUGGUGCCUAAUCUCAUGGAUUAUUAUCUAAUAUAAUAUAUAACUAAUUUAUUCAAAAGAUGUCUAUAUAACUACUUAAUGAAAUUUAAAUUCAAAAUUUUACUUUAUAAAAUUCCUUAGCAAUGGCUAAAUCAAUAAAAGAAGAUUCAGACAAAUAAAAAAUUUUUAAUUUUUUGCAAUAGUAAAUGAUGAUUUAAAAAUCUGAUAAACUUUAUUAUUUAAGCAAUCCGAUUUAUUUAAUCAUAUUAUUAUUGAAUUUGGAUAUUUUAAAUAAUAGCGAAUUAAAGUUUAUAAAAAUUUAUUUUUCUUCAAUUACAAAAGCUAUCUUAAUUUAAAGUAUUGAGUUUUUAUAAUAAUUUAUUAUUUCUGAAAAAAAACCUUUAUCAGCAAAUAUCAAAUAGUUGAUAUUUUAAAUAACAACUGAUUCAGUUUCUUUCGAGAAAAAAAAUGAAGAAAUAUUUUGGAUGAUGGUUUAAAAUAAUUAAAUUUACUAUCCAAUAUUAUCUGAAAUUUUAACAAUUAAGCAAAUUGAGAGUUUAUGUCAUUAAUUAAUUAGAUAAAUGAAUUAUUAAUUUAUAAUUAAAAAAUAAGAAGUUGAUUUUAAUUUCAUAAUAAGUUUUGAUGACAUAGAUAUUUAAUACAAUGAGGAAUUUAUCAUUAUUCCAUUAGAAUAUGAUGACAAUGAAAUAUUUAUCACUGUUAAUAAGGUUAAUUAAUUUUUAAAACAUUACAAAAAAAUAAUAUUCAAAUAAAAUGCUGAUUAGGAAGUAUUAGCAUUUCAAGAGAUAUCAGACAGGUAUGAAAAAUUUGAAUUAUAUUCAUUUCUUACUGAUUUAGAUGUAGAAACAAUUCCGAUAUUAAUGGGGAAUCAAAAAACAUUUGCGGAAAAUUUUUUCAUAUUUUAAGAUGUAAUGAUAGAUUUUAAAGAUCUAGAAGGUAAUUACUCUCUUUUAGAUCCAGAUGCUCCUCAUUUAUGCGAUGAGACUUUUUUUGAAAAUCAAAAAGAUGAAAUUUAAAAAUUAGGUUUGUAAAAUAAGUAAUAACAUUUUAAUAAUUCAAAAAAUCUUUAAUUAAUGUUAGAUUCUGAUUUAUUAACUAAAUAAGAAUUUCAAUUCAUAUUAUCGCUUUUGAUGAAUGAUUCUAAAAAUUUAAUUGAGAAAUAACCAAAUAUAUAUAUUGAAUUCUACAAUUUUUAUAAUCCUAAAAAAACAAUUGUAAAAUUUGAUUAAUGUUCAAAAAUUGAUUUUGAAACUUAGGCUAAUGGAUAAAAUGCAAUAUCAUUUUUAUUAGCUGAAUUUUAUAAAUAUUAUGAAAAUAUAAAAAAUCAAAUUUUACAUAAAGAUUAUAAAUAAUGGGAGAUUAAUUUACCUUAUUAUAUUGAUGAAUAUGGAAUUCAUUAUGAAAAGUCACUAUUUUCAACUUAUACACUUUAAAUUGUAUUAGAAAAGCUUUAUGAAUUUAAAAAUCAGAUUAAAGAAUUGUUUGUUAAUAACACUGAUUAAGAAAAAGUUUCUUGGAGGAUUAAUGCAAUUUCAUUUCUUCAAGUUUUGGUCAGCAAUUUAAUUAAUUUUACUGAUUUCAAAAAAAAAGUUGUUGAUAUACUUUCACUUUUUGAUUUAAUAUUUAAUUGGAGCUAAUUAAAAUUGUUAUUACUAGAUUUGGUUUACAUUAAUUUGAAAAAAUAAUCUAAAAUUUAAUCUUUUAUAAAGAGGAUCUAUGUAGAAUUUAAUGAAGUUUCAGAGAUACCAUUUGAAAAUUCUUUCAUAGAACAUGGUUUAGAAACUUUUUUUAGAUUUGGCUAAACAAAUUAUUAGUUAUAAUAAUAAAAUUUAAUUAUUCAAUUAAAUAUUUUGAAUAUAAAAUAAUAACUUCAUUCUAAAAAAAUUGUAACAAAAAAUCAAAAAAAAUAAAAUUUAAAUUUACUAAAAGAAUAAGAACUGGACUAUUAUUAUUAUAAUAUUAUUAAUUAAGAGGAUAUGUUAUUUUAAAUAUUUGAUUCUAAUCAAUUAAUACAAUAUUUAUUUUAAAAGUUUGAAAUUGAUCGGAAAUUUCAGGAAAUCUCUUAAAAUUUUAUUAAAAUGUUAAAUAAAGAUGUCACCAUAUCUAUUCAUCAAUAGUCUUUAUUUGACCUUUUUAGAGAUCAAAUCAAUGAUAUAUCUUAAUUGAAGGAUAGAAAAUAAUAAAUGGAAAAAUAAUAUUUAGUUAAAUAUCAAUUGGAACACAUAUCAAAUUUUUUUUAGAAUAAAGUAGGAAAAAUGUUAAAUGAAUAAUUGAUGAGCUUUAAAUAUGAAAACAUAUUUCAAAUUAUGAUUUCUAAAUUUGUUCAUUCCCUUAGAUAAAAUUUUGAUCUUUCAGAAUAAAGGAUUCCAAAUUAUAGAAAAAUUUUAAGUGUAGAAAAAACACAAGUAGCUAAAAAAUUUCGUUAUCCAAAUAGAAAUUGCGAUAAAUUGAUAUAAUUAAAAUAUGGAUUUUAAUUAAAAAAAUCAUAUUAUUUGUGUUAAAAUAAAAUAGGAGAUUUAUUAUUAGUUUGCUUUAAAAAAAAGUAAUAAGUAAUUAAAACAAUUUUAUGCUAAUUAAUUGACUUUUAAUAAGGUCAUUUUGGGUUUAAAGUAUUUAGUGAUGAGGACAAAUCAAUAUUAUCGGAGGAAUAAGCUUAAUAGUAUUCUCUUAGAUUAGAAAAAUAAAGUAAGAAGGUUUAAAAAAAUGAAGAAAUUGAAAUAGUUAAAUUUGAAAAUCUAAUAACAAUUGUAUACUUUAUGAAUAAUUGGCCAAUUGAUUAAGACUUUAUUAAUAAUAUUUUGAAUAUAUUUAUAACAGAUUAAAAUGGAAACCUCUAUCUAAUUAAUGAAUACAGAUUUCUUAAAAAAAUGAUUUAAAUUCAAGAAACAGAUAGUGAUUCAAUCAGAAAAAAGAUUUUAGAUUAAACUUUUGGAUAAGACUAGAUUACAAUUAAAAGCAAUUUUGCUGUUUCAGAAAUACUUCCGAUAUUUCCAAAAAUAAUUUAGUUUUAUUUUGUUGGGGAUUAGAAAUUUGAAAGAAAAGAAGAGUAACCAAAUUUUAAAUAUAUUGAUAUUAAAAUUAAAGAUCAAGAUUUUUAGAUUAUUAAUAUGAGAAUUGAUAAUCUUAAUACAGCAUGUUAUUUUGAUACGCAUUUGGGAGCUUAAUAAUAUGUUAAAAAAUUAAUAAAAUUCAAAAAUAAUAAUAAAGAAUUUGCCAAAAUUUAAAUAAUCGUCAAAUUUAGUGAUUCCUUGGAUUAAAAAGCCUCAUUAUAUUUAGAUUUGUUCUUUUAAUAGGGCUCAUCUUUUGAAGAAUUUUAAAUAGGUUAUGAAGAAUUUUUAGCUGAUUCAUUUGGAUGGUUAACGCAAAAUUCACUUAGCAUAUUUUUUGAUGUUAGUGAAAUCGAAAUUAAAAAAUAAUUAUUCAAAAAUUUAAUAAAAAUUAUACAAUUUAAUUUUGAUAUUUUGACAGAAGAGGAAAAUAAAUGUGUUGAAUUCAAAAAUGGGAUUCUAUAAAUUGCUUCAUAUAUACAAAUUUUAAAAGAUGGAAGAUAUAACACGAUUAUUCCUUAAUAAAACGAAAUCUGUUAAUUAAUUAGAUCUCUAAUUAUUUAAGAUCAAAGUUUAAGAAAUAACUUUUUUAUUGAAAAUUAAUAAUAUAAAAUUGAAAUUGACUUUUAUUACUAGGAAUAAUUUUCCUCAAAAAUUUUAUCUUUACUUAUUUUAGUAAAAUAUUUAUAUUAUUUAAUAAUUUUGAAGGAUGAUAGAAAAGUUAAUUUUAUUAUAACAUAAAAUAACAAUUUAACUGAUAUUUUUUACUAUAGAAUCUUGAAAGAAAAAAGGUAGGUUUAACUUUUUUAUGAAAAUUUUAAGGAUUUGAAUUUAUAAGAUUUCUUACUCGAUUAUUUGAAUGGUUUUACUACUCAAAAAAUAGCUUAAUAUGAUUAUUUCGAUGAAGAAAUCUUAUAUUAAAAUUAAAUUCUAACAAAAACAAAGAAUUUUAAAUUGAUAGAUUUUGUUUAAAUACAAAAAUAAAAUGAUGAUUAAUUGGAGCUGUUUAUUUCUUAUAAUAAAAAAAAACUAAUAAAGUUAGAAGGAUAGUUAGAUCCAAGUGAAUUUGAGAGUGCUUUCCUAAUAAUUAAAGAUUUAUAAAGAUUUUAAAAAGUUAUUACCUUAAAAAGUUGUUCUAGAUUCUCCCCUUUGAUUUAAUACAUAAAAUAAAAUUCUUAAUUAAAAUUAUAACUCUAAGUAUUUUGUUGAUUGAAUUUACAAGUAAUAUACCAAUAAAAUUUAAAAUAAAAUCAAAAAAGUUUAAAUUUUCUUCAUCCAAUUUGGAUUGGCAUUCAAAAAUUUCUUUAAUAUUUAAAUCCAUCAAUGAAACAGAAUUAUAAAUAGGUUAUCAUACAGGAAUUUAAUAGGGGAAUAAAAUUACAUCGUUAUCAAAAGAAUAAAAAAUAAUUCAAAACUAUUUUGGAAAUGAUGGUUAUUCAAAUUUAACUAAAAAUCUAAUUAAAAGAACUUUGGUUUAGAAUGAAAAUUUCAAUUUUAAAGCAUUUGAGUAUGAAAACAUAAAUAGAAAAUUUAUUCAAUAAAACAACUUCUUUAAUAUUUAAAGAAAGGAAGACUUAAAAUAUUCAACAAAAGCUGGAGAAGAACGAACUGAUAUUAUUGAGUUUGAAGAUAAUUUUGGAAAUAUUGUUAAAAAUAUAACCAUUCAAUCUUGCAUUUUUGUUCAUUCUAUUUAUUUUUAAGUUUAAAUAAAGCCUUAGACUAUAAUCGAAGAUUUAGGUUUAAAAUUGGUAUGGACUCCUGAAAUUAAAGGAAUUUAUCUACUAUACAUUAAUGAAUAAUAAAUUUAAGGCAAGUUUAUAAUUUUAGCUAAUCUUGUAUGUUUUGAAAGAAGUAAUUUAGAAUUUCCAUAAGAACUUAAAAUCCUCCCUUACUAUUAAGAAUUUUCAAUAAAAAUGUUCUUUAGAGACUACUUUAACAAUAUAUAUGGGGAUUUAGAAAAUAAUAUAAAUAAAAUGGAUUUAAAAAUAUAAUGUAGUCCAAAACAUUCCAUAAUGGAAUAAGAAAGAACCAUUUUGGGAAAAAGCGGCUAAUAACAAAUAAAAGUAAAGUUUACCCCAAAUUAACUUGAAUUGUUAAAAACAGAAUCAAUAAAUUUAAUUCUUAAAAUUAAUGGAAAAGAAUGGCUAGGUAAGUAUAUAGAUAUUUUUAUUAGAUAAAUAACUAAUUCUACAAGGGUAAUCAUUUGAGUAAAAUCUUCUAUCUUUUAUUAAAUCUAUACAUUUAAAUAAAGACGGAAGUGAAAUUUAUAGGAUUGAAAAAAAAUUAUACAUUUAAAGAUAAAAUUUUCUUCAGUGUUUGUAAAAGUUAGAAUCAGAAAAUUUAAAAAAUAAAAUUAAAAUAACAUUUUCAGGGGAACAAGGCUUAGAUUAGGGAGGACUCAAGAAAGAUUUCUAUUUUAUGAUUGGGGAAGUUUUGAUUUAAAAAAAUUACGGAUUUUUCAUUUUGCUACCUUCAGGGCAUUAUUUUUUUAAUGAUAAAUUCUUGAUACAGAAUAAAAUAUUUAAUUAUGCUUUAAUUUUUGGAAAGGUAUUUAAAAUUUAAAUUAUUAAAAGCUUGUUGCAAAUUCAAUAUUUAAUAACUACCAAAUAGGAAUUCAAUUUUCACCUUAAUUUUGGAAGGUAUUAUUUGAAGAGAAAAUAUAAUUUACAGAUCUUUACGGAUUUUUAGAUCAAAAUACUUAUAAGAAUUAUANCAUAAAAUAAAAUUCUUAAUUAAAAUUAAUUUAGGGUUAAAAAUUUUUUGUUUUAGUUAAUGGUUUAAAUCAAAAUUAAUCCGUCAACGAGCAAUUAAAAUAGAUUUUAGUUGUCACUAAAAAUAAAGUUCUUAGACCAUUAACAUUUUAUAUUUCUAAUUCAACUAAUUUGAAAGCCGAAUAUAAAUUUAUAACUCUAAGUAUUUUGUUGAUUGAAUUUACAAGUAAUAUACCAAUAAAAUUUAAAAUAAAAUCAAAAAAGUUUAAAUUUUCUUCAUCCAAUUUGGAUUGGCAUUCAAAAAUUUCUUUAAUAUUUAAAUCCAUCAAUGAAACAGAAUUAUAAAUAGGUUAUCAUACAGGAAUUUAAUAGGGGAAUAAAAUUACAUCGUUAUCAAAAGAAUAAAAAAUAAUUCAAAACUAUUUUGGAAAUGAUGGUUAUUCAAAUUUAACUAAAAAUCUAAUUAAAAGAACUUUGGUUUAGAAUGAAAAUUUCAAUUUUAAAGCAUUUGAGUAUGAAAACAUAAAUAGAAAAUUUAUUCAAUAAAACAACUUCUUUAAUAUUUAAAGAAAGGAAGACUUAAAAUAUUCAACAAAAGCUGGAGAAGAACGAACUGAUAUUAUUGAGUUUGAAGAUAAUUUUGGAAAUAUUGUUAAAAAUAUAACCAUUCAAUCUUGCAUUUUUGUUCAUUCUAUUUAUUUUUAAGUUUAAAUAAAGCCUUAGACUAUAAUCGAAGAUUUAGGUUUAAAAUUGGUAUGGACUCCUGAAAUUAAAGGAAUUUAUCUACUAUACAUUAAUGAAUAAUAAAUUUAAGGCAAGUUUAUAAUUUUAGCUAAUCUUGUAUGUUUUGAAAGAAGUAAUUUAGAAUUUCCAUAAGAACUUAAAAUCCUCCCUUACUAUUAAGAAUUUUCAAUAAAAAUGUUCUUUAGAGACUACUUUAACAAUAUAUAUGGGGAUUUAGAAAAUAAUAUAAAUAAAAUGGAUUUAAAAAUAUAAUGUAGUCCAAAACAUUCCAUAAUGGAAUAAGAAAGAACCAUUUUGGGAAAAAGCGGCUAAUAACAAAUAAAAGUAAAGUUUACCCCAAAUUAACUUGAAUUGUUAAAAACAGAAUCAAUAAAUUUAAUUCUUAAAAUUAAUGGAAAAGAAUGGCUAGGUAAGUAUAUAGAUAUUUUUAUUAGAUAAAUAACUAAUUCUACAAGGGUAAUCAUUUGAGUAAAAUCUUCUAUCUUUUAUUAAAUCUAUACAUUUAAAUAAAGACGGAAGUGAAAUUUAUGGAUUGAAAAAAAAUUAUACAUUUAAAGAUAAAAUUUUCUUCAGUGUUUGUAAAAGUUAGAAUCAGAAAAUUUAAAAAAUAAAAUUAAAAUAACAUUUUAAGGGGAACAAGGCUUAGAUUAGGGAGGACUCAAGAAAGAUUUCUAUUUUAUGAUUGGGGAAGUUUUGAUUUAAAAAAAUUACGGAUUUUUCAUUUUGCUACCUUCAGGGCAUUAUUUUUUUAAUGAUAAAUUCUUGAUACAGAAUAAAAUAUUUAAUUAUGCUUUAAUUUUUGGAAAGGUAUUUAAAAUUUAAAUUAUUAAAAGCUUGUUGCAAAUUCAAUAUUUAAUAACUACCAAAUAGGAAUUCAAUUUUCACCUUAAUUUUGGAAGGUAUUAUUUGAAGAGAAAAUAUAAUUUACAGAUCUUUACGGAUUUUUAGAUCAAAAUACUUAUAAGAAUUAUAGUUGGCUUUUUUCAUUAAAUGCUAAUGAAUUAGAGUCUUAAGAACUUAAUUUUACAUAUAAUAUGAACAAUCUGAUACCACAAGGAGACAAAGUAAAAGUUAAUAAAAAGAACUGUUAAGAAUAUUUAGAUAAAACAGCAGAAUAUUUAAUCCAAACUAAAUUUUAAGAAUUAUUUACAAACUUUAGAAAUGGAUUUUCAACAGUUCUAGAUAUUCAAGUAAUAACAUUUAUUAUAAACAUUUUAGAAUUUAAAAAAGUACUUUUAACCUAACGAUAUGGGCCUUAUUACUUUAGGUAUUUAAGAAAUUAAUCCUUAAUAAUUAUUGAAUAUGAUAAUAUUUAAAGGAGGUUAAGAUUAUCAUGAAAAAUUCUUUAUUACUUAUGUGUAUCAAUUAGAUGGUAAAAAAUUAGAUAAUUACUAUAAUACAUAACAGGAACCCCAACAUUACCAAUGGAUAGAAAAAUUGAAAUUACUGUUGAAUUUAUACCAGAUAUUAAAGAAACACUUACACCAACAUCCCAAACAUGUUUUAAUACUAUACAACUACCUCUUUAUAAAAGUUAUGAAGAAAUGA